AUGCGACGAGCCGCACAUCAAACUGUGUCGCUGAGCGACAAUAUAGGAAACCUUGCCACCGACGAUGCUGCGCUUGCGGGGCCUGCGCGCCAACCGGACACCCAGCUGCCUUUUGAUUCAGAUGUCGGAGACACGACCACAGACUACACCAACUCCGAGCCUCCUGGUGAGGGACCCGAGGACGUACAGCCGGCUCUCUCUGCCGGAAAUCGAUAUGUGAACUCUUUGGCGGAAAGCCACCACAACUUGUUACGCCAUGUGUGGGUCGACGAGAGGAACAAGCGAUCUGCGUUGAAAAAUACGACCUUGCAGAAGUGGUGGGACAUGACAGGACCAUUGAUUGCAACGAUGCCAGGACCCCUCCUCAACGAGAUCAUGGUCGGGAACAUCAGCCUCGCGGCUAAAGGGACUGGACCGGCCGCCGAGACACUACGAUUCAACAAAGCAAACAACUCCAAACGGCCAGCAAUCUACAACCUCACCCUGGUGGACCAACUGUCGGGUAAAGCACCGACGCCGAAUGAACUCAGGGAAAUGCUGAAAGUCAUGGCUAAAUAUCCCUCACGAAAAUACGACAAGCUUGCUAGCUAUGUCGAUACUGACACGCUGAUUCAACCAUCCAAGGCGUCAGACAUGGGAAGAAGAAAGUAUCUGGCAGCCGGCCACGGGGAAAUUUCACCCCAGAGAACAGAGCAGGUCGAGAUCUUCAUGAAGGCCCUCACAGAUCGACUGGACCAACUGCCGACUGAGGACGAGAACGAGCCGAUGACACGGCCGUUGCAGCAUUUUAGCUGGAAAGUCGAGUCCACGAGCAGGAUUGAGCACGACCUCUAUCACGAAAGCUCCAAAUACAUAAUGGGCUUGACCGAAGCAAUUUUUCGAUACCUUGAUGGCUCAGGAUACCUGCCGAACCAGUACCGGUUGGAUGAAUACCCCAUAUGCUUUCAGUGGGAGCCCGAACACGCAAUAGCUGGCGAAAUACUCUUCACUUGCAUCGGGGAUGGCUACACCGAGAACGGUGGCGGUUUCAACCAUACGAGUGCAGAUGAAAACAACAACAGCACCGACGGCUAUGAUCCCGAGCUUUGGGGGGAAUCCCAGGCGGAGUUUGUGUCUCAGAAUACUCCCUACUUUGUGAAUAUUGAACUCGAAUACAAGAGACUAGAGCAAGAGAUAGAAGAGCGGCGCAGGCUCCGCCAAGAAAUCCAAGAAGCCAACGAUCUCAUUUCCAGAAGUGAAGAGAUCAAAAGCGCCGAGAGAGCGGAAAGAGCGGCGUUCAAACGCGAAUUUAAAGUCUAUGAGAAGCGCCGAGAGGAAAUGCGGCUCUUUCUGGCCCAUGGAGUCCUGCCCCCAGAUGCACAGGCUCGAAUCAACGCAUCUAUCAUGGAGACCAUGAAAGAAAUAGAACAGCAAACCCGAGACACGUUCCAAGCCAUCAAAGAACAGUUCUUGACUCAAAGCGAGGAGACAUUUCUCGAAGAGAUUGCCCAGCACAGACGACAGCGUAGACCGACCGUAAGGAACAUACGCAAGCGGAAAGAAGUGCAGCAAAGCGAUGCAGCCCGUGAGGGAACGGGAGGUCGGAGUAACAACAAAACCUCAGCUCAAGAUGUAACCAAGGGCGCCGAAGUAGAAACACCACGGGAAUUAAAGGAGACCGAGACUGAGACCGAUUGGUACUCGCUCCCUCUUAGUGAAGGAGAUGGCGAGCCGACACCGAGAAAGGGACUCAGAGAAUAUGGUCGAUAA